AUGUCGGUAAAAUCAAAAACAGAAAUUCAAACAAGCCGAACUCCAGAAUCGGGUUUGAAAAUCAUAACAAGGAGAAAUUCUAGCGCUUUAGAAGAAUCUUUAAAAACUUAUAAACUUUUGGAUGUACUUCGAUCAGGAAAUACUACUGCUUUGAGUAACAUAUUAUCAACCUAUCAACAAUUCAGUCCUCCAUCACCUUCCUCAAUGUCAAUAUCUGGUACCUUCCAUGUUCCAUCUACCUCAUCUACUUCAUCUACAUCUCCCAGUUCAUCAAUAUCAUCUAUUUCACUAUUAUCAUUGGCCGUUCAAUGUGCCACUUUGUCAACAAUUGAAUUUAUUUUGAACAAUUUUAUGAACAAGAUUAAUAUAAAUCAUCAAGAUCAUCAAGGGAAUACGGCAUUACAUUGUGCAGCACGGAUCGGGAGAGUAGAUGUUUGCAAAUUGUUAUUAAAACAGAAAAAUAUUAAUGAUACUAUCCCGAAUAAUGAGAGUAAACAGGCAAUAGAUGUUGCAGAGAAUGCAGAGAUCGCGACUCUUUUGGAUGAAAACCGUGCACGAUAUGUCGAUGAAAUCACCAGUCUUUUUGGAAAAUAUUUGUCCAGCUCAAACUAUGAUGGCAUUCGAGUAUUAUUCCAAGAUCCUCGAGCAUCUGCAUUAAUCGAUAUAAAUUUUCAAGAUUCCACGGGAUCAACGUUAUUACACGAUGCUGCCCGGAAAAAAGAUUACGAAAUGGUAACGUUUUGUUUGGAACAUGGAGCAGAUAUUUCGAUAAAAGAUCGGAAAAGAAAAGUUGCGGCAGAUGUUACAAAAGAUGAGAAUAUUAAAACUUUACUUAAAAAAGCCACAGCAAUCUCAAGUUCGUCAAUAUCAUCACCAUUAAAUCAACCGCUAAAACUAAAAGGCUACUUGUUAAAGUGGACAAAUUACGCAAGUGGAUACAAAAGUAGAUGGUUUGUACUUGAGAAUGGAAUACUUUCAUAUUUCAAAAAUCAAGAUGAUGCUGGGAAUUCAUGUCGUGGAUCUAUAAAUAUGAUUAACUCUCAUACUACAAUUUCUAUUGAUAAAUCUGAUGCACAACGAUUUUCAAUCAUUGGAAAAGGGGGAGUAAGAUAUCAUUUACGUGCUGCAUAUCCAAACGAAGCUAAGAGAUGGAUAACAGCUCUCACUCACUCCACCAUAAAGUUUGACAAGGAUCAAAAAAAUAUUCGAUUGGGUACUGCUGAUGAUGUCGGUAACGAAGAAACUGUUCGACAAGGAAAAAGUAAACAUAAAUCAAAUGCACACACUGAAUAUAAUCAAAACUCAGAAUUAAUUAAUGAAGAUUUUGGUGAUCAUACUAUAUCACCAUCAGAUACUUCAAUAGAAGCAGAGGGAUCUUCACAAGAGGAUAGUUUUCAAAUGGUAAUAAGUAAUACACGAGUACAAUUAGAUUUGCAAAACCAGCUUUUACACUCAUUACUAUCAAUAGUACCCAAACCACCAUUACCGGAUUCAAAAGAGUCUAUGUUAAUUGAAACUUUUUCUAAAUCACUGUCUUCGCUUCAUUCCCUUAUCGAAGAUGUAGUCAGGAUGUCUAAUGCGCAAGAAGUAUAUUGGAAAAAUAAAUUAAAGAAAGAAUUGGAGAUUAAACAAAGUUUAGAAACUAUUCUAUGUGAAUUAGGAUCAAAUCAGGCAGAGAUGGAAGAAGUGAUUCAACAUAAUGUUAUGGAAGAAAAGAUUCUAAAAAAACAAUUGAAAGCUGCUGUAGCUGAAAUAUCACCAACGAGUCCAUUAUUACGAAAAUCGGAUGAUUAUACAUCGGUUAUUAUUCAUGACAAAAGUGUUACAGAAUUGAAUACUAUUUCAUCUAUGACAUCAACUUUGGCAGAUGAAUAUGAUUCUGAUGAAUUUUAUGAUGCGAUUGAUGGUAGAGAAACUCAAGAUGAUUUAAUCAAUAAUUCAAAUGUAUCAGACGAAGAAGCGCCAUACAUAGUAAACUCAUAUGAUGGUUAUCCAAAGGUAUUUAGAAAACAACUACCGAUUGAUUCAAAAUCUUCACGUCCCGAGGUUUCACUCUGGUCUAUAUUGAAGAACUCGAUAGGCAAGGAUUUAAGUAAGAUCACAUUACCUGUCUAUUUCAAUGAACCAACUUCCAUGUUACAAAGAAUGGCUGAGGAUAUGGAAUAUAGUGAGUUGUUGGAUAAUGCGGCACGACAGAGAGGAAGCACGGAGAGAAUAUUAUAUGUGGCAGCGUUUGCGAUGAGUAAUUAUUCAAGCACGGUGGGGCGGAUUGCAAAACCUUUUAAUCCGUUACUGGGAGAAACGUAUGAAUACGUGAGACCGGAUAAAGCUUUCCGAUACGUGUCUGAACAAGUUUUGCAUCAUCCCCCUGUAAGUGCUUGUUAUGGUGAAUCACCGAAUUACAAUUUUUUCGCAGAGGUAGAUGUCAAAUCAAAAUUCUGGGGAAAGUCAUUUGAAAUUUUACCACAAGGGGUUUCACAUGUUAAUCUCAAAGUUCCUAAAGAUAAAUGGCCAAAUGGAAUUGAAGGGUCACCUGAAGAUUUUCCAGCACGAGGAAAUCCAAAUGCAUUUUCCGAACAUUAUUCAUGGAAAAAGGUGACCACCUGUGUAUAUAAUUUGAUAGUUGGUACCCCAUGGAUAGAUCAUUAUGGAGAUAUGAUAAUUGUAAAUCAUUUGACAGGGGAUAAAUGUGUUUUGACAUUUAAAGCUCGAGGAUGGAGAGGUAAAGAUGCAUUUGAAAUUCGUGGGUACGUUAAAGAUUCAAAUGAUAAAGAGAUCUGGGAAAUUGCAGGAAGAUGGAAUGAACGUCUAGUGGCAAGACGUUGUGGAACAAGUUUAUCAUCACAGGAAGAAGAUCUUGGCAGUGAUACAGCAGCACAGAGUGCUACAUUGACCAAUGAUGAUGUCCUACCAUCACCUUCAAUUCACACUGUUCAUAAUGCAAAUCGAAGACCAAUAUAUUUAUUGUGGAAACGAAAGCCAUUACCCGAAGAACCAUUACCAUUUAACCUUACACCAUUUGCCAUAACACUCAACGAUUUAUCAGAUUCAUUAGAGAAAUGGGUCGCACCCACAGAUAGUCGAUUAAGACCUGAUCAAAGGGCCCUGGAAAAUGGAUCAUACGAUCUUGCCAGUUCCGAAAAAAUAAGAUUAGAAGAGAAACAACGAGAAAAACGAAAAAAUCGUGAACAAGGUUUGAAUGGUAAUCAUGUACCACGAUGGUUCAAACGAGAUAUUGAGCCGGAUACAGGAGAAAAAUAUUGGAUGUUUAAUCAUGAAUAUUGGCUUGAACGGGAGAGAGUUGGCAAAGAAAAAAUACAAGAGACUGGUGAAGGAAAAUGGGAUAUUGAAGAUCAUAUUUUUUAA